UCCAUUACUAAUUACAUUACCAUUACAUUACAUUUAUACUUCCUUUAAACCUACUUACAUUAAAAUUCUUAAUUUUCAUAUUCAAUUCUCUUAAAUAAAUUUCCUGUUACUUUCAUCUAAAUUUCUUGAAAAAUUAUUUUUACUCAUUGUUCAAUUCCAAUGACGGAAAUUGUUACAACGGCGACGACGACGACGGCGGUGGAUGAUUGUUGUGUGAAAGUUGCCGUGCAUAUACGCCCGCUUAUCGGAGAUGAGACAUUACAAGCUUGUAAAGAUUGUGUAACUGUUGUACCUGGAAAACCUCAGGUACAACUUGGUACACAUUCAUUUACAUUUGAUCAUGUGUAUGGUAGCACUGGUUCGCCAUCAUCCGCCAUGUUUGAAGAAUGUGUUUCUCCACUUGUUGAUGGUUUGUUUCAAGGAUAUAAUGCUACUGUUCUAGCUUAUGGCCAGACUGGUUCAGGCAAGACAUAUACAAUGGGUACUGGACUUAAAGAUGGUUGCCAAAACGGGCUUAUCCCUCAAGCUAUGAAUGCUUUAUUCAACAAAAUCGAAAGUUUACAACAUCAAACAGAGUUCCAGUUGCAUGUUUCCUUCAUUGAGAUUUUAAAAGAAGAAGUACACGACUUGCUGGAUAACAAAUCUGAGAUAACAAAUGGGCUGACUUCGAAACUAAAUAGUCCAGGAAAACCACCGAUACAAAUUCGUGAGACGUCUAAUGGUGUCAUAACACUUGCUGGUUCUACCGAAUGUAGUGUUAAGACACUGAAAGAAAUGAGUGAUUGCCUCGAGCAUGGAUCAAUGAGUAGGGCAACAGGAAGUACAAAUAUGAAUAAUCAAUCGAGUCGUUCACAUGCAAUCUUCACUAUCACUUUAGAACAAAUGCGGAAGCCGAACUCAAAUAUUCCUGGUGAUGGCAACUCAAAUGAUUCCAUGUGUGAUGAAUAUCUUUGUGCCAAGUUGCAUUUAGUUGAUCUUGCUGGAUCAGAGCGAGCGAAAAGGACUGGUUCUGGUGGCAUGCGUUUCAAGGAAGGAGUUCAUAUUAACAAAGGCCUUCUUGCACUUGGAAAUGUUAUCAGUGCCCUUGGUGAUGAGAAAAAACGAAAAGAAGGUGCUCAUGUUCCAUACCGAGAUAGUAAACUUACUCGGCUCUUGCAGGACUCACUUGGUGGGAACAGCAGAACUGUAAUGAUUGCUUGUGUUAGUCCCGCUGAUAUAAAUGCAGAGGAAACUCUGAACACGUUGAAGUAUGCUAAUCGAGCUCGGAAUAUCCAGAAUAAGCCAGUGGUGAAUAGGGAUCCGGUGUCAAGUGAGAUGUUAAAGAUGCGUCAACAACUAGAAUGCUUGCAAGCAGAACUUUGUGCUCGUGGUGGAGGUUCUUCCAUUGAAUUUCAGGUUCUUCGGGAGCGAAUUGCAUGGCUUGAAGCUACUAAUCAGGAUCUAUGUAGGGAACUUCAUGGAUACCGAAGCAGAGGUGUUGCUAUUGAUCAGUCUGAAAAGGCUGCUAACGGUGGUGAUACGUUUUGCAUGAAAAAUGAAGGGGUUAAAAGGGUGCAAAGUGUAGAUUCAUCUGAUUAUCGAAUGAGCGAAACUGGCGCUUCUAGUGUCAUAGAAGAAGAAGAAGCGAAAGAAUUAGAGCAUACCCUUCUUCAAGACUCUAUGGACAAGGAGUUACAUGAAUUAAACAAACGCUUAGAACAGAAAGAGUGGGAAAUGAAACUUUUUGAAGGAUCUGAUACCAUGACUCUUAAGCAACAUUUUGGAAAGAAACUAAUGGAACUUGAGGACGAAAAACGGACAGUGCAGAUAGAGAGGGAUCGACUGCAAACUGAAGUUGAAAACCUUUCUGCUUCUUCAGAUAGUCAAACACAAAAAGCCCGAGAUCUGCAGUCUCACAAAUUGAAGUCUCUUGAAUCACAGAUUCAGGAGCUUAAGAAGAAACAAGAGAGUCAAGUUCAGCUUUUGAGGCAAAAACAAAAGAGUGAUGAAGCAGCAAAAAGAUUACAAGACGAAAUUCAGUUCAUUAAGGCACAAAAGGUUCAACUACAGCACAAGAUAAAACAAGAGGCUGAACAAUUCAGGCACUGGAAAGCAUCUCGUGAAAAAGAACUGCUACAGCUAAAGAAGGAAGGGAGGCGGAAUGAAUACGAAAGACUCAAACUGCAGGCUCUUAAUCAACGUCAGAAAAUGGUUCUCCAAAGAAAAACAGAAGAGGCUGCAAUGGCAACCAAGAGGCUAAAAGAAUUGCUAGAAGCCCGCAAAUCUACCCGUGACAACUCAGUCACUAGCAACGGAAAUGGAGCAAAUGGACAGAGCAAUGAGAAGGCAUUGCAGCGUUGGCUUGAUCAUGAGCUUGAAGUGAUGGUGAAUGUGCAUGAAGUUCGACACGAAUAUGAGAAACAAAGCCAAGUAAGGGCUGCACUUGCGGAAGAGCUAGCGGUUCUCAAACAAAUUGAUGAAUUUGCUUCAAAAGGGGUUAGCCCUCCAAGAGGAAAGAAUGGUUUCUCUGGGACGUGUUCUUUGUCACCAAAUGCAAGAAUCGCAAGAAUAUCAUCGUUGGAGAGCAUGUUAAGCAUUUCAUCAAAUUCACUUAUAUCUAUGGCUUCUCAAUUAUCCGAGGCAGAAGAACGAGACCGUGCCUUUGCUAGCCGGGGACGUUGGAAUCAGUUACGCUCAAUGGCAGAUGCAAAGAACUCUCUUCAAUAUAUGUUUAAUUCUCUUGCAGAUGCAAGGUGUCAAUCAUGGGAAAAGGAUCUUGAAAUGAAGGAAAUGGAAGAACAACUAAAAGAGCUCGUGGGAUUACUAAGACAAAGUGAGUUGAGAAGAAAGGAUAUUGAGAAGGAGCUAAAAGUAAAAGAGCAAACUGUUGCGAUUGCAUUGGCUUCAACACCUUCCGCAAACUCUCAUAAUUCACUGAAACACCUGGCUGAUGACAUGAGUGGUCCAUUGUCUCCAAACUCGGUUCCAGCACCCAAACAGCUAAAGUACACAGAAGGUAUAGCAAAUGGUUCAGUUCGAGAAGCAGUAGCCUUCCUAGAUCAGAAACGAAAGAUGGUCCCAGUUGGGCAGCUGUCUCUAAAGAAGCAGCCCCAGACUGGAAGUUCUCCCGGGAAACUAUGGAGGUGGAAGAGGAGUCAUCAUCAAUGGCUACUGCAAUUUAAAUGGAAGUGGCAAAAACCAUGGAGACUUUCGGAGCUUAUAAAGCAUAGCGAUGAAACCAUGAUGAGAUCAAAGCCUCGUCCACAGGCUUUGCCAGAAGCGAUGUAUCGCAGACACUAAAUUCAUCACAUUUGGUGCUGUAUAUUCUCCAGUGAAAUCAAUAGAGCAUGUAGAUAUGUUUUCUGGUUUUCUUUAGGUUAGUUGUACAAGUGUUGUAGAUCCAUUCGUUAACGAAAACAAAACAUACAAGCAUGCAAUUUUAUCAUAGAGUUUAAUAUUUUCUUC